AUCUCUCAAACAACGGGACGGUGCAUCGUGUGUACCGUUAUAUAACGAUAGUGCUCUAUUACUAUUGAUGAUAUUUUCUCUUCUAAGAUCGCACAAAGUACCCACAAUUUCCAUUAUUUAGCACGAUGCGACUAAGUGAACUAAGGAUAGCAUUUCCUCUUGCGUUCUUAGAAUCCCUGGUACAUGGGACCUCCGGCUCAAAGCAAAACACUAGACAUUUCUCAGCCAGUGUCUCCAAAUCCCGACGACAUAAACAUGAUAGCCGUUCUCACUGUGACAUCGAUGCAAAUUUUACAGACCUAAUCGUGCAGCUAUGCUUGAAAUCAGAAACAUUCAGUUGUGACAAUAAAUCGAUCUCGUGCAAUAUCAUAGACUGGGAUGAAAUUGUUGACAAUGAAGCGAAAGGGAGAAAACGCAAGACUAAAAGUAAACAAAUUUCAAAAGUUCGCAAACAGAAGACACUGAAGACGGAAAAUGUGAAUGAGUGUCAAGUUACUGAAUCAGAGUGCAGUCGUUCUAUCUCAUUUUAUCUCGAACAGAACAUCUCUCCAAAGAGAAAAUUGCUUGACACAGACAGAGAAACAUGGUAAGAAACGUAGAUUAUCAGAUGAUGUCACAAUUCUUCAAACGGAUCUUGAAAACAGCUUGAAAAACAGUGACAAUAUAUAUCAAAUGAACAAUAUUCAUCGUGACAAUAACUCUAACAGUGAUUGUCACACAGAUGGACAUCGGGAUGUCAACAAACAUGACUCUGACAAAUUGCAAAAUGGAUCCAAACUUCAAUUUGAAGUAGAUUGUGUGUCAUAUUCUACGAGUGAAAGCACUUCUUUAUCAGGUGAGAGGACUAGAGAAACAUCUUCAACUGGUAUUCAACAGAAAUCUGAAAAUGUUGAUGUUAGUGAAAAUAGAACCACUGAUAAGACUUACUUGCAAAUAUGUGAGGUCAUACAGCAUAUUGAUGUCGGUGAUCUGAGAACAAACACAAGUGCAGACAGUUGUCCUGAACAAUUAAAACCAGUUUCCUUAGGAAACAUAGAUUUGAAGGUGUCUAUUAACUUCAACAAAUGUGUUAACGGUAAUGGAAUUCUUAAUACUGAAAAGGAAUCAUCCGCAAGCACACAUAAUACUUUAAAUACUGAGAUAAAAGGUGUGAAAUCUAAAAUAGCAAAUGUGGAAAAUGCGACAUCAGAACCUCAAAGUAAAGUAAUGGCAUUGUUAAAUCUGAAGAGAACACCUCAACAAAGUUGUCAACAAGUGAAAGACGUAAAGUCAACACUUCUGGUGGAAGAAGGGAAAACUCCAUUGUUUUACAUUCAUGGUAAGAAAGCAGAUGUGCAAACUUGUGUUUUGCUUGGUCCGUUUGUCUUGCAAUCAAGUCCAGUUCCUCAUUUGCGCUUGAGCAUUGCGGGCGUAAUAGGGCAACAUGUUCCUAGUGAGUGGACCUGGAGAAAAGGAUCAAGAUGUCAACAAGUCAACAAGGAUCAACAAGCAACACCAUCCAGGAGACAACCACGGCGGCAGUCCAAGUCGGUGAAGAAAAGUCCAAAGAGUAGAAAGAUUGAGUCAAGUAAACAGUUGAGGCUGCCUGACAUGGAGGAUGGCGAUCCCAGUGUGAUGUAUGCUGAAGAAGAGAAAGAGAUUCCGCAUCAUGCAACCCGAACAGAGUUUCAACCUUGUAAUUCAGGGGAGGAGAAUGGAGAUGCAGACUUCCCAGCCGGUGCCGGAUCAUCAGACAGUGAGCAGUCUGGCCCUCCAGAUCCGUCACAACAGGAUGAUCCAUGCUCUGACAAACCUGCCACCUUGAAACCAACACACAAGAAAUCUAGCAGCAAGAGUGAGGAGUCUUCAGACUGUGUGGCGCUGAACACGGAGAAGGAAAGAUGUUGGGCUGAACAAGAUGGCGCUGGGAGUGAACAGAAUGGUGCUGGUGAUGGACAGGAUGAACCAGAUGCUGAGAAGGAGAUGGCAGAGGUUGAAACAACCUCUGAAACGACCAAGAGGGAGAUCGGCCCAAAGAGCCCCACUAAACAUAAGCAGAAGAAAAAGAAGAAGAAACUGUCCAAGAGAGGCAUAGAUGCAAUGUACAAACGGCUGGAGAGCUACUGCAUAAAGAUAGUGCCCGAGGUUGGCUCAGAUUUGUGGGGUCCUGUCUCCGAUCCAGCACAGAUACAGACCAGUUGUAAGUUCUGCACAAAGUCCUUUCCUGAUCCGCUUCUUCUGGCUGAUCACACACGGAACAUACACAAAAGCCAGCCCCAAUACAUGGACUUUGUGAGAGAGAAUCGGUGCAAGAUGAAGCUAAAAUGCAAUUUGUGUGUGGAAGAUAGAUUCUAUGGCAGAUGGGAAAGUUUCGGUCAACACAUGCGAGACAUCCACACAGAAAAGUUGAUUGGAGAGUCUGUUAAAAAGAUAAAAUGUACUCUCUGUGAUAAGACCUGGGUGAAUCAGAAUAAGUAUGAUCGUCAUCUCAAAGCAGCUCAUGGAAGUGAACGCUACCUCUGCCACCUUUGCCCAACAUUCAAGUGGGAGUCUUCUCUGCAGUGCCACAUCAAGGGAAUCCAUGAAAAAGAAAUGGAUCAUAGUUGUGAGAUUUGUGGGGCAACAUUUUCUCGGAAGUCGUACGUGAAGAAUCACAUUCGGAAGACCCAUAGUGAGAAAGGUCAUGGGGGUGUGAGAAGGUCACGUGGCAUCCAUUGCUCGCUCUGUGACCUCAGGCUGGAUAAGAAGAAGGACAUCACUAAACAUCUCAUUGAAGUUCAUCAGAUGGACAGAAUGUGUAAGACGUGCAAAGUGAAGUUUGACACUGACGAGGAGAUGGAUAAGCAUACCAGAGACUUCCAUGGUAAUGCCCUGUGUCAACACUGUCCAUACUGUGGCUCAGGGUUCCAGGCUCGGGACAACAUGCUGAGACAUAUUGCCAAGGAUCACCUAAAGAUCAUGCAACCGAAAUGCCCGCUCUGUGAAAAGCAGUUUGACUACAACACAGAUCUGAGAUUCCAUCUGAAGAAGGACCACAGCUACGGGGACCAGGAUCAUACAUAUGGCCAAGCCGAAAGUCUCAAGUCCAUCGCGAUACUCAAGUGUGAACACUGUGAUAAGCCAUUCUUCUGGGUGAUGGGAAUGAUCAAUCACAUCCUGGCAAGUCACAUGGACAAAUUUCCACACGAGUGUAAGGAGUGUCGACAGAGGUUUCUGGAGGCCUCCUCUCUGCAGCAUCACAUGGCCUUCCGACAUAUGACAAUUACACAGGGCAGGGGGCAUGGGUCAGGGAGAAGAGAGGGCAGUGGGGGCAAGAAGCAUGAUGGCAAGGAGAAGGUGCUGAAGAUGCCAAGACAGGAUCUUCACGAGGACCUGCUUCAGAAAGGCAGAGCAGUGAAAGAAGGUAGAGCUUUAAGUUUGUUGACAGGGAAAGAAAUGCCAGUGAAAGCAAGAGAUAGCAGUGUCAAGGUCAUUUCUGAAAACGUGUUUCCUGCGCAAGAUGGUGCAGUCCCUGUGUCUGUUCCUGUGUCCGUUCCGGACAUCCAUGGAGGUUUUAUGUCAGGCCAGAUGGAUAGGAGAUCUGCUGCUUACUCUUCUGCGGAAAGGUGGACCUAUCCGACCAACCAAUGGACAGCUCCUAUCCAGCAGCCUCACAUGGCUAGUUUGACUGGACAGGACUUCUUGAACAGUGAUGCUGUUGUCCGGCCAGAGGAGACGUUGUACCAUGUGAUGAGCUAUGCCGGUGACAACCAAGACGUUCGUGCUGAUCCGGUCUGGAAUGAGGACUCAGCUUCCAGGGAUCAGAGAAGAUCACGCAGUUCCAGUCACUUCUGAUCAUGUUACUACGAUCAGAUCUGAUCAUGUGUCUGUGCGUUCUAUAGAUCAGAUACCUUUAAGCACCACAGAACAUGUAAAUGUACAGAACACAGAACAAGUUCCUGCGCGAACCUCUCAAUAUGUACCGAUACGUCCCAAAGUACCAAGUAACCUGUACCCAGAGCACAGUAACAGGAGACCUGGCAGACUGCCUGCCACCCAGCGAAUUGUAAUGGCAGCCAAUGAACGAGCUCGUAUGCAAGCAGCCGUUGAUCGAGGUAUUGUCCAGGGAACUUCUGAUAGGGUCUUACUGCAAGGAGUGACAGACCAAAGACUCGUCCAUGGACCUGCUGACCGGAUUGUUGUUCCUGGGACAGGUGAUCGGGGAUUGUUCCUGGGGCAGCUGUUCAUGCUGGUGUCCAUGGCAGUGGGGGGGAUGGGCAGGUGAUCACUGCAGACAAUCUCAUCGGGUUGUUGUCCGAGUUCAAUUCACAGCAACAGAGCAAUCCAUAUUUUCAGACACAGUUCUUUUGAUCCAUGUUAUCACCUGUUUGAAUGCAGAGAUCAAUGCUCAUGUUGUUGAUCAUUGCAGACUGCUUAUAGCUAGAAUAUUCCUGAGUGCAGAGUUAAACAACAAACAAACAAACAAACAUCUGUUUAAAUGGAAGAACCCAGAUGUGAACAUAGUUCAUUCUUUAGAUAGAGGUGAUGUCAGAAGUGUUUUCAGGAUCUACAAUGUUCCCAUGAAGAUCUGGGUUAGAUUUGGUCUUCAGUGACCCAUGCUUGUCAGUAAGAGGCGACUAACAGGAUCAGGUGGUCAGGCUGAUUGAUGCUCAGGAUGUUCAUCACUGGAUUGUCUGGUCCAGACUUGAUUAUUUACAGACCGACGCCACAUAGCUGGAAUAUUGCUGAGUGCAGCGUUAACAACACAACAAAUCAAGGAUCUACACCGUGAUACAUGUUGGCAGUACUGAUUAUACUAAACUGGUGCAUACUUGCUUAAUUGCUUGUUGUAGCCUUUUCUUACCCUUAUUUAGUGUUGCUUGUAGUCCAUAUAUAUAAAUAAAUUUUCAUUGUUUAUUAAUAUUUAUUUUGUUAGUGGUUUUGUUAUGAUGUUAAGAACAUAUUUUCACAUUAAGUUUUUGUUGCAAGUGAAUCAUUUUUGUUUGCCUUUGCUUUAGUCAAUAAGAAAUCGUUUGCACCUUUUGUACCUGUAUAUAUUUAAUAUGAUACUAAGGCCCUUAGUGUACACUUCUGUGUGAGUUAUGGGAGCUCCAGAUAAGAUUUAGCUCAUGUGGGUAC